AUGGAAGAAGCGCUGAAAAAUCUCUUCAGUAGCGUAAAGUAUGAGGAUAUGAUUGUGGAAUGCGAUCGGCGAACCUACCAUCCUUACUCGACGAAUGCUUAUGGUAACUCGGACGAAAUCAAUCUUGUAAUUCAAAAGGCGGAUCUUAUCACGGCCACCUACGAUAGCGUGAUCUACUUGGAGGGAACGCUUACUUCAUCGGAAGCGAAGCAGUUCGAGUUGACCAACAAUGCUCCACUAUUUCUCUUCGAUGAAAUUAGAUUUACGCUGGGAGAUCAAGUGAUAGAAAUCGUGAGAUUACCCGGAAUAAACAGCGCAAUCAAGGGAUUUUGUUCCUAUACAACGGACCAAAGUAAUUGUUUAUCACAAGCAGGAUGGAGUCCCCGCAAUAAACCUCUGCAACUCCUAAACGCCAACAAGACAGCCUUCUGUGCAUCUAUACCGCUAAAACAUGUGCUAGGAUUCGCGGAAGGGUAUAAAAAACCAUUAGUCAACAUACGACAAGAACUAACAUUAAUUCGCUCAAAAACCGAUGAAGACUGUUAUAAAAGCGAAGCGGAGGUGAAAAUUAGCCUUAGUAAAGUAACCUGGAAGGUUCCAUACGUAAUUCCUAACGAUUCCAUGAAGCUGUCUAUAUACAGUAGAAUUGAUAAAAAUGUUCCGAUCCAAGUAGCAUUUCACGCUAGAGAUUUAUAUGCGUAUCCAGCAUUGCCAUCAACCCGCUCUUUGGUAUGGCCGGUAAAAAGUAGCACCGGUUUUCAACGACCUCAAUGGCUUCUGGUGGCCUUUCAGACUAAGAAACGAAACCAAAAAGGAGAGAAUGCAUCGCAGUUCGAUCAUUUAGGCGUCGAAAAUAUAAAAGCGAACAUCAACAACAGAAGAUACCCGUAUGAGCAGCAGAAUCUCUCCUUCGCGGACAACAAGUAUAUAGAUGCCUACGAAGAAUAUCUAAACUUUCGGACGCAAUACUACGAUUCUGAAAGUAGUUCUCUUCUCAGUUACGAGGAGUUUAAGAAACAACCAAUAUUCGUAAUCAACUGUACUCGUCACAAUGAAAGUAUUCAUAAUGUGGUUAUCGACUUGAAACUGGAAGUUGAAACAUCUGAAGCAUUUGCAGCCGACACCUCCGCUUACUGUAUAAUUUUGCAUGAUGUUUUAAUUGAAUACGAGCCAUUUACUAAUAUAGUACGUAAAAUUUAA